CACAGACAUUUUAAAAGCCAGAACAUAUGCACUCUCUGUGGGAGAGGUUCAGACUUCAACUUUCCCUCUUCAUCUCCGUGGACGACGAUGUGGUCAAAGAUUUUUCUGAGUGUGCUCGUCUUUCAUUUGACUUCUGCAAAAUCUCAUGGGCCGUAAGAGAUCACAUAUUUCAAUAUGUCCUGAUGGUCCCUUCCGUGCUGCAGAGCAUCUCUCCGCAGAGACUGUGUGUACAGCUCUACAACCUUAGUGAGCCACUGUCCCUGAAUGUUCACUUGGAAUAUCAUGGCAUCAAUACCACGCUGUUUGAGGAAUCUGUGACAGAAAAUAAUUUCUUCCAAUGCAGAGAGUUCAAGGCUUCUCUUGCCACCUCUGACCCUUUGGCUUUCAUCACUUUCUCUGCCAAAGGCCACACAGUUCACCUGUCAGAGAGAAGGUCAGUGGCAAUUCAGAAUGUGGACGGCAUUGUCUUCAUCCAGACGGACAAACCCAUUUACAAACCUGGACAGACAGUGAUGUUCCGAGUCGUUUCUUUGGAUAACAAUUUCAAACCUGUUCAGGAGACGUAUCCCCUGAUCAUCCUUCAGGAUCCCGAGCGCAAUCGGAUCUUUCAGUGGCUGGAUGUAACAUCCAAGAAUGCCAUUGUCCAACUCUCAUUCCCGUUAAUCCAAGAGCCAAUCCUGGGGAGUUAUCAAAUCAUCGUUGAGAAGAAGUCAGGUGACAAAACGUAUCAUUGGUUCACUGUGGAGGAAUAUGUGUUGCCAAAGUUUGAAGUGAUGGUCAACGCACCAAAGAGGGUCUCUUUCUUGGAUCAAGAACUCAAAGUGAAUGUUUGUGCUGUCUACACCUAUGGCCAGCCUGUGCAGGGGAGAGUCCAGCUCAGUGUGUGCAGGAAGCACUAUACAGAAAAGUGUAACGAGACCCCCAAAGGAUUCUGUGAAGCUGUUACUGCAGAACUGGGGAAGGAUGGCUGCAUCACGAAGGUCAUCAACACCAAAAAAUUCAAGCUUUAUCAUCCCAGGAUGUUCUGGUUCCUUGAAGUGGAGGCAAUCCUCACAGAGGAUGGAACAGGAGUGCAGAUUAUAGACACUGACUACAUUUCCAUCUACGAGGCAAGGGAGAGAAUAUGGUUUGCGAACAUGGACACGUACUACAAAAGGGGAAUUCCUUACUAUGGAGAGAUUCAGAUGACAAAUGAGGAUGGCAUCCCUGUUGCAGAUGAAACCAUCAAGCUAGAGCUCAAUAAGAAGCAUGUGGCUGACUAUGUCACAAAUGAAAAUGGCAUUGCUCGGUUUUCCAUCGACACCUCUGAAUUCUUUGAGCCCAGUUUUAAGUUGAGAGCCACAUAUGCAGUAGAGGACUGUAGAGACCUUGUCUGGACGGACACUUACAUACCUGAGACGACCUACUAUGUCCAGCGCUUCUACUCCCGCACUAAUAGUUUUGUGAAGCUCGAGCACGUCCUGGAGAGGCUGAACUGUGGCCAGCAGAGGAGGAUCAUGGUGCACUACAUUUUGAACAAAGAGGGAUACAAGGAUGCCACCAGUGUGAACUUCUACUAUGUGGUGAUGGCAAAAGGCAUAAUUGUUCUGAAUGGCCAACAGCAAGUCAGCAUCACAGGUGAUCCUUAUGGCACAUUCUUCAUCUCGCUGACUGGCAGUGAGAAGCUGGCUCCCAGUGCCCAGAUACUGGUCUACACUGUGCACCCUGGGGGUGAGCUGGUGGCCGAUAGCACCAGACUCCAGAUUGAGAAGUGCUUCAAGAACAAGGUCCAGCUGCAGUUCUCCAAGAAGCAGGGGCUCCCAGCCUCUAACAUCAGCCUCCACCUUGAGGCUGCCGCCAACUCCUACUGUGCUCUGCGGGUUGUGGAUCAGAGCGUCCUGCUCCUGAGACCUGAGCAAGAGCUGUCUGCUGACACUAUAUACAAUCAACUCCGUGUGCAAGAGUAUUAUGGCUAUUACUACAAAGGGCUCAACCUGGAUGAUGAUGACAAAGAGCCGUGCAUCCCAGUCACAGACACCUUUUUCAAUGGCUUAUAUUAUGCGCCUGUGAACGUUACUCAUGACGGGGAUGUCUAUGGUGUUUUCAGGAAUAUGGGUCUAAAGGUUUUUACUAAUUCUACAAUACGGAAGCCAGUCCUGUGCCCAUCAGACAAAGUAUGCCUGAAAGAAUUCACACCCCACUAUGAUGGAUCUGUUGAGAAAGCUCUAGGUUACGGAAUGAUGAGGAGUCAGUCUAAUGUGAUAAAGACAGUUCGGAAAUUCUUCCCUGAGACCUGGAUUUGGGAUCUAGUUCAAAUCGAUUCUAAUGGAAAGGCCAGUGUUUCGUUCACCAUCCCUGACACCAUCACGGAAUGGAACGCCAACGCCUUCUGCCUGGAAGAGGAGGCUGGGUUUGGCAUAUCCCCAUCUACCUCCUUGACAGCCUUCCAGCCCUUCUUCGUUGACUUGACCCUACCCUACUCCAUUGUCCGAGGGGAAAAGUUUAACUUAAUAGCCAAUGUCUUCAACUACCUGAACAAAUGCAUUGAGAUCAGUACCGUACUGGAAGAGUCCAGGGAUUACAAGAUAGAGCCUCUUUCCUUAGAGGGCAACACUGCAAGGGUGUGUGCCAACGAGAGGAAAACCUCCUCCUGGACUAUUAUUCCUCAAAAACUGGGUAAUGUGAGCUUCACUGUUACUGCUGAAACAAAGUCAAGUGACGCAUCUUGGGAGCCGGGGAUAGAACGUGUGGACACUGUCGUGCAGCCGCUGUUAGUUGAGCCUGAAGGCAUCAAAAAGGAGGUGACCCAGAGCUCCCUCAUUUGCACAAAAGGAAGCACUGUCUCUGAAAUGGUGUCUCCGAAGCUGCCAGCAAACUUUGUGCAGGGAUCAGCCAGAGCUUCUUUUUCUGUCCUCGGGGACCUUCUGGGCAGGGCCAUGAGGAACAUGGAGAAUCUUCUCCGGAUGCCCUAUGGCUGCGGAGAGCAGAACAUGGUCCGGUUUGCUCCCAACAUCUACAUCCUGGACUAUCUGAAUAAGACGGGGCAGCUGACUAAAGAGAUUGAAUCCAAGGGCGUUAAAUACUUAGCAAGUGGGUACCAGAAGCAGCUGUCAUACAAACACCCAGAUGGAUCCUACAGUUCAUUUGGGACCAGAGACAAGGAAGGGAGCAUCUGGCUCACUGCUUUCGUAUACAAGUCUUUUUCACAAUCUAAACGCUACAUCUAUAUUGAUGACAACGUCCAAACUCAAACCCUGAUCUGGCUGGCAAGUAAACAGAAGCCAGAUGGCUGCUUCCAAAAUGUUGGGGAUCAUUUCAACAAUGCCUUGGAGGGUGGAGCAGAGGAUGGAAUUUCAAUCACAGCCUAUGUCACUGCAGCAUUGCUUGAGGCCGGACUACCCAGCUCGCACACAGUGGUCCAGAAUGGACUGUCCUGCUUGGACGCUGCAUCUGUCGGGAAUGUGGACAAUGUUUAUUACCAAGCUCUCCUGGCUUAUACUUACGGCUUAGCCAGGAACAAGGAAAAAUGGAGUUUCUUCUUGAAGGAGCUGGACAAAUCUGCUAUAAAAGUUGGUGGCUCAAUGCACUGGGAGCGGAAAGACAAACCCUUGGCAGAAAAAUUCCCCUCUUUCAACUCACGUGCUGCCUCUGCUGAGAUUGAGAUGACCUGCUAUGUGAUACUGGCCCUGCUCCAGAGACCAACCCUGACUCAAGAGGAGUUAUCAUACGUAGCUCAGAUCGUGCAGUGGGUUGCUAAACAGCAAAAUCCGUAUGGAGGCUUUUCCUCCACACAGGAUACUGUUGUCGCUCUCCAAGCUCUAGCCCAAUAUGCGUAUCUCACCUUCUCAAAGGAUGGUAAAAACACUGUUGAGAUCAGCUCUAAUGAACUUCCAAAGAAGAUUUUCCAGAUGGAUAACAGGAACCGCUUACUGCUGCAGCAAGUGUCCCUGCCCAGUGUCCCAGGGAAUUACAUCGUGGAAGUAAAAGGCAGUGGUUGUGUCUAUCUGCAGACAACCCUGAGAUACAACAUCUACCUUCCUCAAAAGGCCUCUGGGUUCUCUCUCUCCGUAGAGACAGUGAAUGGCUCCUGUACAGGCAGCUUCCUGCCAAAGUUUGACCUUGUCCUCUCAGCCAGUUAUGCUGGGAAGCGCAGUACCUCCAACAUGGCCAUUAUUGACGUCAAGAUGCUCUCAGGCUUUGUCCCUGUCAGAUCGUCCCUGCAGAAGCUUCAGAAUGAUCGUAAGGUGAUGCAGGUGGAUACCAGGAACAACCAUAUCUUCUUCUACUUGGCAAAUGUGUCUCGGAAGGAAAUCAGAUUCUCUUUCUCGGUUGAGCAAAACCUUCCUGUGUCUGAUAUCAAACCUGCUUCAGUGCACCUGUAUGACUACUAUGAAACAGAUGAGUACGCUCUUGCUGAAUACAAUACGCCCUGCAGUCGGGGUUCAAGCGAAAACCUGCUAGGAGUCAGGGAAAGGAGAAAUGACAGAUGUGAAAAUGGGAUGUUAGAUCCUCACUGCCCUGAGUGAGUGAGUUUGGCCAGGGCCAUUUCAAUAAAUAUCACACUCCUAAUCACA